CUCGAGGCGGCGACCACUCCCCCGGAGGCGCGCACUCCCCCAGGGCGCCGUGCCUCUAGGCCUCCUAGAUCGGGUCGGAGGCCCGCCCAUGGCAGCGCCCUCGCGGCCGGAGGGCCCGCCCAUGGCAGCGCCCGCGGGCCCGAGCCCCCCGCCUCCGCCUCGGAGCGGCGACCCCUGCGCGCCCCCCGGGGCCCAGGCCCCGGCCCCGGGCUUCGAGGGCCUCCUGCAGGAGGCCCUCGAGGCGCUGAGGCUCCAGCUGCUGGAGCGGCACCGGCAGGAACUCGAGGACCAGCGGCGCCAGGCCGAGGUCGGGAGGGGCGCCCGGAGGCAGUCCACGGCGGACUCCGAGGGCGACGUGUGCUGGCCCGACGCGGCGAGCUCUGGCAGUGGCGGGGCGCUCUCGCUGGUCGCCGCGGAGGAGGCCGAGAUCUCGUCGGUGCCGUCGGGGUACGACGGGCGGGCCCCCACGGCGCAGGCGCCAAGGCCGCACUACGUGAUCCUCGAGAGCUGGGUGAGCGCGGUGCCGGUCUCCCAGCUGGCCGCCGUGGGGUCCGGAGGAGAGCCGCUGCAGGCCCCGCUCGGGCGGAAGAACGCGAGCAUGAGCGGGCGAGCCCGGAAGACGGCAAGCUUGGGUCGGGCGCGGAGGACGGCGAGCAUCGAGCAUCGGGCAUCGGGGGCGUCAUCGGCGAAGGCGGACGAGGAGGAUGACCGAGAGAGCAAUUUUCUCGUCUUCGAGUCGCGGGGAUUUGUAUCCAGGUGGUUCAUGGUGCAUCCCGAUCGGUGGAGGCUGACUGUCUGGAACUGGUUGAGCCUGUGGAUGGUAUUUUACGACGUAACCACCGUGCCGCUUUACACAUUUUACACGUUUGGUCACCUUCCCAAUGAGAUCGUGUUGCUUGAUUGGUUGGCUCGAGUCUUCUGGACCCUUGACAUCCCUCUGUCCUUCACGACUGGCUUCUACAAGGAGGGCUAUAUAGAGAUGAGGCCCAAGGUCGUGGCGCGGGCGUAUGUUCGAUCGUGGCUUCCCUUCGACAUCUUGGUCGUCCUAUCAGAUUGGCUCGCCAUCGCAUUGGAGGACAACCUCACUCUCGCGGCGAUGCCAGUACUGAGGCUGUUGCGGUUCGUCCGCAUGUUCCGCCUUCUGAGGCUAAGUCGCCUCUCGCACAUGAUCAGCGAAAUAAUGUUGUUUGUUCCUGAAGGUUUCACGAUCGUCGUCAGGAUUGCGAAGUUCACCAUUAACCUGUGCAUCGGCAUUCAUGUCGUCGCAUGUAUGUGGUACGGCGUGGGCAGAAGCUCCAGCUCUGGAUGGGUUUCCCAGGAGCCACUCCUAGAGUCUUCGGUGCUCUCCGAGCAGUACAUAUUCUCUGUGCACUGGGUCAUCAGCCAGCUGCACGGCACGAGCUUUACUAGGCCGCAGACAUUCUUGGAGAUCUCUUUUCAGAGCUUGGUGCUCUUGGGUGCCCACGCCUUCGUCGCGGUGUUCGUCGCCUCCCUGACGCAGGCCAUGAUGGCCAUCACGGACACUCAGAGAGUUCAGAUGCAGCAGGUGUGCAGGCGAUACCUGCGCCGUCGGCACAUCUCCCCCGCGCUCUCGUACCAGGUGGCCGCGCACUUCGGGGGGUCCAGCCAGAGGAUGGGCCACAGCAGCGCUGAGGUCGAGGACAAGCUUGUGGAGUCCAUGCCGUUGGUGCUGCAGCUGCAGCUGUACGAGGAGGUGCGCAUGCCGCUGCUGAGGCUGGUGCCGCUGUUCAGGCGCGAGGGUCUGUCGAACCACCGGCUGCUGCGAGAGCUCUGCUGCAAGGCCAUAUCGGGAAUCUCGCUGGUAUCAGGCGAGCUGGUGUUCGGCCUCGGGGAUUCCUGCAAGCGGAUGAUUGUCGUCGAAUCCGGCUCAGGGGUCUACAUGAAGCUGAACGGUUCCAGCCUCUGCGUCCACGCGUUCGGGAAGACGCUGACGAACUACGUGAGGGAGGAGGCCGAGGAGUCCGACGUGAAGCACGUGGUGCGGCAGCGGGGACAGCACGUCAGCGAGGCCGCGCUGUGGACGCAGUGGGUCAACCGGGGGGAGUUCUUCUCGGAGGGGGACUGCACGAUGCUGGUUCUGGAUCACGGCGGCUUCGCCUCCAUCGUGAGCGCGUACGAGUCCGCCCGCAUCUUCGCCCUCAAGUACGCGAGCUGCUUCGUGGCCUGGCUGAACGACGUGGCCGGCACGAGUGUGGCGUCGGACGUGAUGGAGGCCCCGAGGAGAACCUCCUCGAGAGGUAUAUCGAGAAGGUGGCGGACGACAGCGCGCUCGUCUUCAUCUCGCAUUUCAAGGACAGAGGAGGCGGGCUCAGACGCAGCGCUCAUGGAGGAAGGAAUGCGCCGCAUCAUCAAAGCGAACCCUGUACACCCCUCCUUCAACAUGAAAAGGCCGAUCUUCCUCGAUUCCAACGAUCUCGUGGAGACCGACCACAUUCAGGGCAUCAUCCGGAGCAGCCACAACGUGGUGCUGCUCCUCACGGACAACGUGCUCACGAGGCCCUGGGUGCUAAUCGAGAUCGUGACCGCGCUGCAGGCAGGGGUGCCCGUCCACCUGGUUAUGAUCCACGCCCGGGCGUGGACUUUAAGUUCCCCAGCAAGAACUCCAUACGGCGCCUCUCCGAGGGCGUUGGCCUCAGCGCCAGCGCGCGGGCCGUCCUGGAGGCGGAGGGCAUCACCGCGGAGGACCUGAAGGUCCUUGGUAACGCCUUCCACCGCAUCGCCCUGCCGUUCUCCCCGCACAAGUCGGCCAACAUCCGAGAGGCGGAGCUGCUAGACAUCCUGAACCGCUGCGAG